AUGAAGACUAAGUCUGCCAGUGCUCGUAAGCCUACGAAGGCACAGAACCCAUACCAGGAUGCGAAACGACCUCGCAAACGUACAGCUGAGACCCCGAAACCCAAGGAACGACCAUUGCCCCCAGCUUUAGCACCGUCCGCUCCCGCCCCCGGGGCCGUUCCUUUCCGCAAUCUCUGCGAGGAAAGAGUUCGCGAACUCUACCCUGGUCUGGAGCCUCGCAACGACUUCGAUCUUAUCCAACUUGCUAGUGAACAUUACAAGGGUACUCACGCGGAGGUCUUCGCGGCGCUCGACCUCGAUCUUGCGGAGACAAGUGAAGACUUGGGCUACGAAUUCAUGAUGGAAGAGUCAACAAAGUGCUUAGAUGCCCUUGUUGAGCCUACUGGGGUUAAACCCGGACAGUCAGCCUACGUCGAAGACAAGUUCGUGUUCGUACGGCCGAUCCCCGACUGCCAAUAUUCGCUUAGACUAUUCCCCGGAUCUCUGUCCGCCGCCGAGUAUUGCUUGGACUUUGUCGACACCGCCACCGGGGAACCCGUCAACUCGCCCUUUGAAUACGAGCUCUGGUCUGUACCGGACCCGGACGCGCCGUGGCUUUCGAUGUCCAUCACGGGGAAGCUUCGGUCGAUCGAGCGAGGCCACGGCAUUAAGCAAGGUGACAUCCUGCUUGGAGAAGAGAAGUUCGUCUUGCGGGAUGGACAGACGUGCGUGCUUAUGCGCCCUGGGAAGCAGCCGGUUCGGUUCACGGUACCUUUAAGGAGGGUCGAGACCACAGAUGUCGUCGAAGAUGUGUAUGUGGUCGACUUGCCGAAGGUCGUCGGCCCAUGAUGUGCUUGUAUACUCGUCACUGCCUUAUGGCUACUGGUUCAUUCGAGGAAGCGUCUACCUCUCGUUACUCUUGGUCGUAUCGUGUAUAC